GCUGGGCUCACAGCAUUAGAGUUAGAGUGUGUUGUGUUUGUAGGGGGGUUGGGGGUGGCAUGGUCUUGAACAGCCGAUCUGACAAACCAUUAACCAUUGUCUCCCCAAAUCUCCGGUAGAAUGCACACACCAUUAAUGAUGGCUCUGCUCAGUCUGAUCUCCUUAAUAAAGAAGAAAUAACAUGGUUUUUGUGGACACUCUUAAUAAUUUAAGUCCUAUGCACCAUACAUUUACUACCGGUUUCCUGUGGAAGUCCCCUUCUGUAUGAGAAUUCCUGCCAACAACAGCCUGCUUCAUUGCACACACCACUGGUCCGCUUACUUGAGCUGUCUUUCGAGCACAGUCACAAACGUUGAAGUAUGUAUCAACAUAUGGUAUAUUAAGUAAUAAUACUCUCUCUUUCCCCCUCUCUCUCUUUCUCUCCCUCUCCCACUCUCUCUUUCUCUCCCUCCCUCUCUCUUUCUCUCCCUCCUUUCUCUCCCUCCUCUCUCCCCCUCUCUCUUUUUCCCUCUCUCUCUCUCUCUCUCUCUCUCUCUCUCGAUAACAAUGACAUUCAGUGUAUGGAGCCUGUGUGAUCAAAGAGAUUAAGAUUGUUGAUUCCUCCAUUCAUAAUCAGCGCACGCCCCCCCCCCAUCUCUACCUGGCUGGGUCUAUUGAGGAGCCCCCCCUCACCACCACUACCCUUAAGAUAAAACUGUUAACCCUUAUCUUCUUGUCUUUGUGGGUUUUACCGUUGCUGUUUGUUACAAGGCAUCAUGGGAAGUAUUUUGAAGUUAAGAAUAGGUAGAAUAUGUAUUAAUUGUUAGUGAAUGUAGGCCUGUUUGUGGACACUGAAAGAUAGAACUGCAGGUGUCGUAUUUGGUCACCACUGUGGACACUGUGCGUUGACGAGAUGAUUGAGAUGAACAUGUUAUAUUUGUCUUAAGAAUUUGAAAGAAUGGGGCCACUUUCCUCAAUAAGGAAGUAAUCAACUUGUUGGCAAACUGCCUGGAGGGAAUGUGGAUUCUUUCUAUCAGUUGAUGGAAAUGUCCCUGAGUGUGUGUGAAAUGAUUUGAUCAUGUUAUGCACAGGAAAUAAUAAUCGCAUGAUUGGUAGCCACGUAUGAUGAUGUUGUGAUGUGAUAAGUAUAAUGCCAGGAAGGAAGUUGCUAGCCAAGAUACAAGCCAUGUCAAAUAAAGGGACGACUUAGAUUUAUGAAAAAACUGAGUUUCCAAAGCCAUCCGUAACAAACACAAUCCGGUUUGAAAAUAAGAAAUAUGCAAAGAGUAGAGGAAAACUCUCUCUGUUGUUUAUAGACCAUAAAGAGCAUUUUAUUAUCAUAUAAUUUCUAGUAUAAACCUUUCAUUGUUUAGAUAUUCUAUCAACGAUAUUCUUACAGAUAUUUUUUUUAAAAACUUUAAUCAGCACGUAACUGUGGAAAAAACCUCAUCACCAUGAGUGGACAGAACUUGGAUCCAUUGUUAUGAGUGAACUGUCUGGGAACGGGAAAAGCAUACUGUUGGAGAAGCUGUUCAAAGAUUACCCUGGUUGCUUUGCUUUAAGUGUUUCUCGUAAGUAAUUUGUGAUUUUUUUCCCCCCAGUCCUCUUUGCACCACACCCUCUUAAGUAUCUUGAUAAUAAAAUACUGCAUGUGUGUGUACAUACAGUAGAUCUCCUAUCUUGAUAAACAAUACAAUAGUGCAUGUGUGUAAAUAUUCUAUAAAUAUCUGAGCUUGACAAUCAGUAAAAUGUACAGAUACUUAAGAUGUCUCAGCUUGAUAAUCAAUAAAAUACUGCAUGUGUGUACAUAUUCAUUAGAUAUCUCAGCUUGAUUAUCAAUAGAAUGCCAUAUGUUUGUACAUAUAAACUAGAUAUCUCAGCUUGAUAAACACUUAGAUACUGCAUUUGUCCAUGCAUAUACUGGAUCACUGGUUUGUUUCAUACCAAAGAAUAUAAGACCAAUUACUUUUAUUAUUUGCAAACAUAACAGGAAGGAAUUAUUAUCUCAUUAUGACUGUGACAAUUAAUGGAUUAAGACCUUGUUCAUUGUCCUGUCUUAUUAAGACUUUGCUCAUUGUCCUGUCUUAUGCUUUGCAGAUACAACAAGAAAACCAAGGCCUGGGGAGAAAGAUGGCGUAGGUAAGUGGUUGUUGUGUCACAUACCCUGCAAAAGAUGUUGUAGAUGGUUGGUUUCUGUAUGAUAUACCCUACUAAAGAUGGUAUAGUUUAGUUGUUGUGUGAAAUACCCUAAACGGCCCAUUGUUUACCCUUCUCAUCAGUACCUAACACUAUCCUACCACAACUUAUAGUUUAAAAGCUUUAUUGGUUAGGUUUAAAUUCAAAUCUUCAAGUGUGAAUAUGGAGCUUUUUAACAAAUCACUCACAACAUGUCAAGGGGAAUGACCAAAUAUCAUGAACUAGAGAAAUAAGUAUUGGGGUGCCACAAGGUUGCAUUAAAUCCCCUGUCCCAUAUUUAAAAAAAGAAAAAACAAUUAGAUCCAGAGCCUAAGCAAGACCAUUUCAAUCAUAAAAUUUACAGAUGAAGCUUUAUCAGUUGGUUCAAUGAAAAUUUUCUUCAGCGGAAUGUCUCAAAUAGGAAAGAAAUUUGGUUGUCCAUUUCCAAAGGGAGACUCACCUAAUUGCAGAUCACACAAUAAAAAAAUCACAGUACAGAGAAAGUCGACAAUAUCAGUACCUAACAUCAAACACUGACUAAAUAGAAUAAUCAUUAAAACAUAAACUAAACGUCCUUCACUUGAACUAUUUAAAAAGAAAAAUGCUCAGAGGAGCAGUUUGAGAAGUUAAUUGCUGAAAAGGGCUUCCUUGAAUAUGCUCAGUUUUCUGGAAAUUUCUAUGGAACAAAUUUUAAAAAAAAAGUCUUUAGAAAAACCUCACAUCUAAUUUUAUUUAAGAGGAUUCUAUUUAUAUCAGUCUGGUAUUCCCGUUUUCAAAGUCCAAUAAUUCACACAUCAAUCUAUCUUCCAAACAUUAGUUCACCAAUUCUCAUAUCAAACUUUCACCUAAACCUUACUUCACAAAUUUACACAUCAAACUAUCCCCUAAACUUUAGUUCACUAAUUCCCACAUCAAACUGUCCUUUAAACCAGUGGUUCUCAAGCUUUCUGAUGCCGCGACCCUUUAAUACAGUUCCUCAUGGUGUGGGGACCCCCAACCACAAAAUUAUUUUCGUUGAUACUUUAUAACUGUCGAGUUUAUGUGUUUUCCGAUGAUCUUAGGCGACGCCUGUAAAAGGGUCGUGCGACCCCCAAGGGGUCACGACCCACAGUGCUUUAAACCAUAAGUUUAUUCACACAUCAAACUAUCCCUUAAACCUUAGUUCAACAAUUCCCACAUCAAACUAUCAACUUGACCUUAAGUUCCCAUCUCCACACCAAAUGUGCUCACACACGACCUGCAGCUUUAUAUUAUGGAUAGAGUUCAGUUAACCUAGUAGUAUCCAUCCAGUUCAUUAGUCAUAAAAAAAAAAAAAACUAAACCCACUCUUUAAACUCUUCUGUGACUUUCAUUGAACAAGGGUGCUUCGGGACAGCAUCACCACCAGCUACAAGGUGGGCUUGGCUGCUCUUGGCAUCGGCAUCAUGAUGAACAUUGGAGGUGUGGUUCGAUGGAGGAUAUAUUGUGGGACUUUGGAUGCUGUGCAUCAAUGGCGAUUGUGAUGCUAUUCCGGAUUCCAAUAAAAAAGGUA